AUGGAAACCGUUUAUCCCAAUAACGAUGAAAUACAAUUCCGCAAACAACAUUUUGGAGUUGUUGAAGACAUUUUGAACACUAAAGUUGAAUGUACAAUUUGUAACGAUGAUCUAUUAAAUGAUAUUAUUUUGAAGAAAACAAUAAUGGUUCAUCGAAGUCAUCUAUUCCUAUGUUGCAAAAAUUGUUUUUACAAGUUGUAUGAUGGCCAUAAAUAUAGUUGUAUCUUAUGCACAUCUAACAAAGAUCAGUCUAUUUGUAUAAAAUGCAAUCUCAAUAUUUGUAAACGGUGUGUUGAUAACUAUAAAAUUGAACAAAUGUGUGAUGGUGUUGUAAAUAAAUGCUUUGCUUGUGUACCACAAAUGUUAUGGAAACAAAGAGCUGAAGCUGCUAAUGUGUUAAAAGUAUUUUUUUCUCAGUUAUGUAUGCCAAAUGGUUUAUUAGUAAAUGAAAAAGAACAUGAACAAACUGUUCAAAAAUACUUAAUUAAAGAAGCUAAAAUUGGACAAAACUCCUUAAUAGGUAGCAUUAAAAACAACUUAUACGCUGAUUUCAUUUUAAAACCAUACAAGUUAUUUAUAAUAAACAAAAUAUCAGAAUUUUCUUUUGAUGAUAUUGAUGCUGUUCUUCCUGAUGAACAUUUAAAUGGAUUUUUCAAUAUUUUUGAGAAUAUUUUAGAGAAAACCUGUUCUACAUUAACCAAUUUUAAGAGCAUAUUUAAUGUAAGAUCACAUUUAAGUCAUAGUGUAUGUGAUAUGAUGAGAUCUUUAUGCAUUGAUAAAGAUGAAGAUAUGUUAAUAAGUGAUUCAAAAAUAAAUUCAAAUUUAGAUGAAGUAAUACAAAAUAAUUCAAGCACACUAUUAUUAAAUAAUUCCAACAAAUGUGCUACAAGAAUUUUAAGAUCACAAAAUAAACACAAAACGGAUGCUGAUCAUUUAAACUCAAAGAUAUCUUUUUCUUCAGGCUUGCUAUCAAAACCCAAAGUCAUAAAUAAGAAAUUACCUGUUUCUGUUGCUAAAAAGCAGUUGAACAAAUCCAAUACUUUAAGUGUGAUUAAUAACAAGUCAUCUAAUGAAGUUAAUAUUGAUUCAGUAGAAGAUACAAUAAUUGAUCCUGAAAAUUUAGUUGAAGAUAAUGAUAAUGAUGGUAGAAUAGAGGACACAAGAAAAUUGAGCAAUCAAAAUGUAAUAAAGACAAGAAACCAAGCUAUAAACUCAACAAGAAAUAAAAAAAUACUCAAUGAAAAAUCUGAUGGAAAAGAAAAUAAUAGUCUGAUGUAUUUGAAUGAAGUUAAUAACUGUUCCGAAAAAAAAAUCAGAAGUGAUGAAGUUAUUACUAACGAUACUGAUAUAAUCCAAACUAAAAAUACAAGUUUGAAAGUAUCUCCGAAAAACGAAGUUAAUAAGUUUAAAAAAAAUGAUGAGCUUGAUUGUGAUGUGAUAAAUUCAAAUUUAAUUGAUACUAAAACCUGUGAAGAAACACAAUUAGACUUCAGUAAAGAGAUUACUAUUCAUGGGUUUGAUGAAAUAGAAAAUGUUGAGAUUGUUGAAAUGCCCGUAACAUCUGAUGAACAUAAUAAUGAAAACAUUGUAACUUAUUCAAAACAGUCAUCUUCAUUUAGUAUGCCAUCAGUUUGUAAUGAUGAUAAUGAUUCUGCUAUUGAAUUUAUUAAAGAAAAAGGAACAAAAAAAAGGCUGAUGGUGUCCGACUCGUCAAAUGAUUCAGAUUCAUCAAUCAAAAAAAUUAAAAAACCAAAAACUAAAAAUCAAACGAUUAAACAAAGCUUAUUUGAUUUAUCGACUAGCAACAGCAGCAGCAGCAGCAGUAGUUCUGAUGAAAAUUCAUCAACUGAUAUAACGGUUAAAAAACGUAGAAGAAAUAGACAACUGUCUAAUGAGAGAUCUGAUGAAGAUUCUGAUAAUAAUAAAGCAUCAAGUGAUCAUAUUAUAUCAAUAAAAGGGCGAAAAAAUAUUCGUAGAUUGAUAACACAAAAAGAACUCAGUGAAUCUACCCAAAAUGCCAUAGAAGAAGAAGAACUACGGAAAAAACGCAUUCAGGAACGUCAACAACUAUAUAAUGAAAUUUGUGACUUACCAACACCCUUGGAAACAGAAUCCUGUAAAAAGUUAGUACUAGAUUUUGAUGUUAAAACAAAUGAGGAACUUGUUGCAGUUCAUCCAGAUCUAGUGAAGUUUCUCAAACCACAUCAGGUGAAAGGAAUUAAAUUUUUGUGGGAUUCAGUAUUUGAAUCAUUAUCAAGAAUAAAAGAACAUAAAGGAAAUGGAUCAAUCUUAGCUCAUUGUAUGGGUCUUGGUAAAACUCUACAAAUAAUUGCUUUGGUGCAUACAUUAUUUAGGUACCCAGAAACUGGUAUUAAAACUGUAUUAAUUGUUACUCCCAAUGCAACAAUUGAAAAUUGGUGCAAAGAAUUUCAUAAAUGGUUACAUGGUAUUGAUGAACAAAAACAUUUUUUUGUACUUAACUUAGCUGAAUCAAAAACAUAUGAAAGUCGGAAAACUAUUAUUGAUGAAUGGCAAAGAGAACAUGGCGUUUUGAUUACAAGCUAUGAGUUAUAUAGAUCUGUCGUUAAUUACAAGUAUAUUGAGAAGUUUCCUUCAAUCUUAGAAGGACUCGUUGAUCCGGGUCCAGAUCUGAUCAUAUGUGAUGAAGGACAUGUAAUAAAAAAUCAUGUUACAGCAGUAUCAAAAUCAAUUAAUCGUAUUAAAACACUUCGAAGAAUUGUGUUAACUGGAACACCAUUACAAAAUAAUUUAAAAGAAUAUCAUUGUAUGGUUGAUUUUAUUCGACCAAAUUUAUUAGGAUCAAUAAAAGAUUUUACUAACCGUUUUAUAAAUCCAAUUACCAACGGGCAAUACUCUGAUUCAACUCCACUAGAUGUAGAACUGAUGAAAGGAAGAUCACAUGUAUUACAUAAAAUGCUUGAAGGAUUUGUACAGAGAUUUGACUAUAGUGUUCUAACGCCUUUUUUACCUCCUAAACAUGAAUAUGUAAUUUAUUUGAAGUUAUCUGAUAAACAAAUAGAAUUAUAUCAGAAAUAUUUAGAUACUUUCAGACAACCAGAAUUAUUUACUAAUUACAAUAUGCUACAAAUAGUUUGGACCCAUCCUAAACUUUUAGCAGUGUAUGCUGAACGAACAGAAUCAAAGAGAGAAAAACAAAAACUUAAAAACAUCAGUUUUAUUGAUUCUUUUUCAAAUUCUGUUGAAGAUGUUGAAAAUAGGCGCAUACCAAUCUCGAUUCUUAACUCAUCAAUUACUAAGAAACCAAAUUCAUACCUUAAGUGGUGGAAACCAUAUGUGUCGAACUCUGAUUUGGAAUCGGUGUACCCGUAUUCAAAGUUUAUAAUGAUGUUUUCAAUACUUCAAGAAUGUGAAAAAAUUGGUGAUAAAGUGUUAUUAUUUAGUCAGUCAUUAUUUACUCUUGAUCUAAUCCAAGAUUUUUUGGAAAAUGCUGAAGAUAAAGCUGAUGAUAAAGGUGGUCCUUAUGGUAAAUCUUGGAAUCACGGUGCAGAUUUUUAUAGAAUUGAUGGUUCAGUCAAUUUAAAAGAAAGAGAAGAUUAUUGUGAAAAAUUCAAUGAUGUCAAUAAUACUAGGAUGCGUCUAUUAUUAUUGUCAACAAAAGCUUUUAAUUUAGGUAUUAAUUUAGUUGGUGCUAAUCGAGUUAUUAUUUUUGACAUGACAUGGAAUCCAUCUCUAAAUGUUCAAAGUAUAUUUCGUGUAUUUAGAUUUGGACAGACUAAACCAUGUUAUGUUUAUAGAUUCAUUUCUGAGGGUACAAUGGAGCAAAAAAUAUAUGAACGUCAAAUAUCAAAGUUAUCAAUGGCUUUCCGUGUAGUCGAUGAACAUCAAAUUGAUCGUCAUUUUAAUGCUAAAUGUCAGGAAGAACUUUAUGAAUUUGAACCAAAUACUACCAAACCUAAAUCAAGAUUACAUUUGCCUAAGGAUCGUUUGAUGGCUGAAUUGAUAUUGAGGCAUGAAGACCUUGUAAUGAACAUACUAGAACAUGACUCAUUACUACAAAACAACGAGGCUGAAGAAUUAGAUGAAAAUGGUAGAAAUGCUGCAUGGGAAAAUUAUAAAAAAGAAAAUGAUUCAGCUAACAUGUCCAUUAAACAAUCAAUAUUACCAAUAUUUUGUGAAUCUGAAAGUGAAUAG